GAGCCUACUUGCGCUUCAUUUUGAGAGACCGACGACGACCACACCGCGACAACCGCACCGGACCUUAUCCUCUUCGACACUUCCACCUCUCGCAGUCAAAAUGGGUCGCGUUCGCACUAAGACCGUCAAGAAGUCCGCCAAGGUCGUCAUUGAGCGUUACUACCCCAAGCUCACCCUCGACUUCGAGACCAACAAGAGGAUUUGCGAUGAGAUCGCCAUCAUUGCCUCGAAGCGUCUCCGCAACAAGAUUGCCGGUUACACCACCCACUUGAUGAAGCGUAUCCAGCGUGGUCCCGUUCGCGGUAUUUCCUUCAAGCUUCAGGAGGAGGAGCGUGAGCGCAAGGAUCAGUACGUUCCUGAGAUCUCCGCUCUCGACUUCACCCAGAACUCCGAGAGCGGCCAGCUCGACGUUGACCAGGAGACCAAGGACCUCCUCAAGUCCAUGGGCUUCGACUCCAUCCCCGUCAACGUCGUCGCCGUCGCCCAGCAGCAGGUUGCUGAGCGCCCUCGCCGCUUCGGUGACCGUCGCCCCGGCCAAUAAGCAUGUGCGAGAGCGCAUGUCGGUGUGGGAAAUAAAAGUAUAUUCAGGAUCGGAUACCACUACGGGAAGAGGGAUUUAUGAUAGGCCAAUGACAGGUUUCCCCCACAACCAGGUGUCGCGGAGUCUGACGGGAUUUACCCCUAAGAUGAAGCUUGAUCGCCAGAUCCUUCGGGAUCCCUACCCCCAUGCACUGUGAAAACUUGUAUACUGACUUUAGACAUCUCGGUGGAGUUCCCUGACGAGACGGCUGUGGUUGUGUGUGGAUGUUGGGUGAUGUGUGUGAAGAAUUCCAGAAGGCAGUCAUGAAAAGGUAAGUUGUGACAGAUGACUUUUUACACGGCCAUCGCGGUGAUCUCGCAUGCGCCGCUGAUCCAAUAUUAUGUCGAUGUGUCCUUGUCGGGGAUAAUUGUAGUUACGAGCUAGAAACUUUAAAUUGAACGUCUUGAGUUUGAGAG